AUGAGGCUCGUUGCGGACGUGUUCGGCAAGUGGUUUUGCUGGUCAGCUUCGACCGAGAAGCCAUGGGACGUUAAGGACACACUGACAGCGCUGUCGCUGCUCUGCUCAUGUGCCCUCUUCGCUUGGAUCGCCGUCGCCCUGAUACGCCACUUCGACGACCCCAAGUGGCCGAUCACUUCGGUGAACAUGUUCUCCAUGCUCUGCGGCAACAUGGACUGCGACGAGAGCUUUCGAGCCAGCACCUACAAUGUUCCCAGGUGGUGUGCAGUUGCCUUGAGUCUGGCAGGCACAUCCAUCGUCCUUGCAAGGAUGGGCAUCUUGCCCGGAUCCAGCGUUCCAGGGCCAAUCGAGGGUUCAAAUGGAUCUUGGCCGGAUCCAGGGUUCAGGAUGGGGUCAAAGAUGGGCAUCCUGGCUAUGGGCCCCUUGGCCAAAGUGGGCAUCUUGGCAGGUUCUGUUAUCAACAAGAUUACAAAAGAGGUCAGUCAAGCAGGCCCUCCUGAAUAUCGGGUGGAAUCUGUUCACAUCUUGGCUAAGGACUGCGGUGAUGGGAGCACGGAGCCAACCAAGGACAAGCAGCCUCAUGAUCUUCUGGCCAGGCUGCAAGGCCGUGCCAGGUAUGGAGAAGCCGAAGAGCUGAGCAGAGAAUGCCUGCGAAUUCGCCCGGGCCUCAACUUCCCACAGCAUCGCCGGGCCAAGCUGGGCGAAGAGCAUCCGAACACAUUGGUUUCCGUCAGCAACUUGGCCGCGCUCCUGAAGACUCGCGGCGAGCUGAAGCCGAGCCUCUCUACCGAGAGGCCGUUACCGAAAACAGUCCCUGGAAUUUGCUACGACUGCCAGCGGGCGAAGCCGUUACCGAAAACAGUCCCCGCGCGAAGCCGUUACCGAAAACAGUCCCUGGAAUUUGUUAUGACUGCAAGCGGGCGAAGCCGUUACCGAAAACAGUCCCUGGAAUUUGCUAUGACUGCGAGCGGGCGAAGCCGUUACCGAAAACAGUCCCUGGAAUUUGCUAUGACUGCGAGCGGGCGAAGCAACUACCGGAAAAAGUCCCUGGAAUUUGCUAUGACUGCGAGCGGGCGAAGCCGUUACCGAAAACAGUCCCUGGAAUUUGCUAUGAUUGCGAGAGGGCGAAGCCGUUACCGAAAACAGCCCCUGGAAUUUGCCAUGACUGCGAGCGGGCGAAGCCGUUACCGGAAAAAGUCCCUGGAAUUUGCUAUGACUGCGAGCGGGCGAAGCAACUACCGGAAAAAAUCCCUGGAAUUUGCUAUCACUGCGAGCGGGCGAAGCCGUUACCGAAAACAGUCCCUGGAAUUUGCUAUGACAGCGAGUGGGCGAAGCCGUUACCGAAAACAGUCCCUGGAAUUUGCUAUGACUGCGAGCGGGCGAAGCCGCUAUGACUGCGAGCGGGCGAAGCCGCUACCGAAAACAGUGCCUGGAAUUUGCUAUGACUGCGAGCGGGCGAAGCCGUCACCGAAAACAGUGCCCUGGAACUUGCCAUGCCGAGCCAAUCUGGGCAGAGAGCAUCCGAACACGUUGGGCUUCAUCAACAACUCGAAGCCCGCGGCCAACUGGCAGCAGCUGAGCCUCUUUACCGAGAAGUUUUCGAAGCACGCCCGGGAGCUCAGCUUCUGUCGAGGUAAUUUCACACAUCAGCGCGCCCCGUGA